AACGGAGAAACCGAAGACGGCACUCUCCUAACUCCCGCUCCUAUCGUGCGCAGCUCGAGCGCAGGAUAAAGCAGCCACUUGGGUUGCCAACUUCCCAUAUAUCCCAUUCGUCUUCCUUCUCCCUUUGGCCAUGGCUACUUCCUUCUCGCUGUCAACGGCGCAGGUGAGUUUUGCUCUCAAUCUUCCCGCUGGGCGGGAGAUCCCACGUGAUUUAGCUCCUCAAGCAACGAGACGAGGGAUUCUGCUGUCAAAAUCGAAGCUUUCGUCUCAAUUCCGUAACCCUCUUCAGCCCACAUCGAAUUCAUUUCGAAACAGCGGGGCGGUUUGCUCAGCGGCUGCCAACUCCACUGAGAAAGAAGCUUUCGAGUUGCAAGCAGAAGUAACACACAAGUGUUUCUUUGAUGUUGAAAUUGGGGGAGAGACUGCAGGCAGGAUAGUUAUGGGCCUCUAUGGAGAUGUUGUCCCUAUGACUGUCGAAAACUUCCGUGCCCUGUGUACAGGAGAGAAAGGAUAUGGGUACAAGGGAUGCUCCUUCCAUCGCAUUAUCAAGGAUUUCAUGCUCCAGGGCGGUGAUUUUGAGCGUGGAAAUGGAACUGGAGGAAAGAGUAUAUAUGGCUCUAGAUUUGAUGAUGAAAAUUUUGUCUUGAAGCAUGUUGGUCCUGGAGUCUUAAGCAUGGCAAAUGCAGGUCCUGAUACUAAUGGGAGUCAAUUUUUCAUAUGCACAGUAAAGACCCCAUGGUUGGAUAAACGACACGUUGUGUUUGGACAUGUUCUUGAGGGAAUGGAUGUAGUCCGCACACUUGAAUCUCAGGAAACGAGCAGAUCUGAUGUCCCUCGGCUUCCAUGUAGGAUUGUUAACUGCGGCGAGCUUCCCAUGGAUAGCUGAGUGAUCUUUUGAUGCGCAUGAGCUUUUGUUAUUUCUUAUUCAGGCUUUUGUUCUUGUAUCUUUGUGCACAAGGGGCUCAAUUCAUUGUUAUACAUGAUAUUGGAUUUGAUGUUGAGCCCCAAAGAUGGCCCUAUUGCAAACUUCAACAUUGUAAACCACAGAUUUUGAGGCUCCAAUUUUAGAAUUUUAAGGAAGCUUAUUCUUUCACCAAUUCAAGCUUGUAAGCUGAGUUUUUCCCCCUCUCUCUUCCUGGAGCAGAAGGUGUAAUAGACCACAGGAGCAAAUUUAUUCCGUACUAA